CCAGUGUGGAGGCUGUGGCGCGUCGUUUGCCGUAAUAUUAUUGACGGAUACAAACGUAAAUAAUUACGUUUUGCUAAUUAUGUAGCGGACAAGUAAAUUGUUUCGGAGUGAUGUGAUUUCCAAGGUGGUGUUAUAAUUACAGACUGUUUUAAGACUCUUUAAGAUGAUGUUGGAAGUAUUGUUUUGGACUUUUGUUUUCGGCUUGACAUGCGUCGCCGAGGCGGGAGUGAUGGGAGACCAGUGCGACUGGGCCGGCAGUGGUUUGACCUCGUCGUCAGAACGCGGGGUGACGCCCGUGUACCUGCGGUGUCGCGAGGGCUCCGUGUCGUGGGUGUACCCGCGCGGGGCGCUGCGGCUACUGUUCCGGCCGCCGCUGCCCGCAGACGAGCGCGAGUUCCGGGUCUGCGUGAGGGUCAUCAGGCGGCCCGACCCGCCGGACCUCUUCCUGGAAGGGAGGCUCAACCAUACAGAAGCCUCACAGAGGUUCCCGGUGCGCCUAUUCGUAGAAGCUACCCAGAGGCUGGUACCUCUGUACGCUCCAGAUGACGGCAACCCGAAGGAGCUUCGUUGCUUCCGCAGCCGUAAAGGAAGAGCUGCGUUAUACGUAGAAGCAGAACCGGAAGAGGGUACUAGGAGAAGAGAAGCCAUCUUCAAGUACGAAGCCCGACCACUGGUGAGACGCCACUACGACCCGGCCACCGCCGACUGCAGACCUUGCUCGGAAGCUGAGCUGGAACUGGCUUUCUGCACUAGUGAUUUAGUGUCCCGAGGCGUAUUCGUGGGUGCCGAACAAAGGGAGGAUCUAGACACGACGCAGUUGACCAUGCGAGUCACCAAGCUCAUCCGCGCCACCGCACACGCGGGAGACGACAGGAAGGAGGUUCUACAACCAGCCGAAGAAGGAGACUACUUUAGGUACGACGUAGACAACAAUAUAGAAGGCGUGCGUCACCGCGCCCGUCGCUCACAUAACGUUCACGCGCACGUCCACGUCCCCGCGGCAUGCGGCGCGGCGGCAGGUGCGGGCGAGUUCCUCGUUAUGGCGCGACGGCGACUCGGACGAUAUUCACUCGUGUGUGCGCCCAGAAUACAGCAGUGGGUCGAGCUAGUGCGUAGGAGGAACGCUGACGGCACGGCGCACUGUACACUGCAGCAUUGAUACUCCAUUACAGAGAGAGCCACUAGGAAACAAAAGCAAUAUCUGGAACUGUUUUCGCACUCGCACAACGAUUACGCGCAAGUUUACGUUCCCGCUGCGUGCGGCGUUGGUAGGAGGAACGCUGACGGCACGCCGUACUGUAUGUACACUGCAAAGAAACACUGACUUUCGAACGCUACAGAAAGUCCAUCCAUCACUUAAUCAAAAAGAUAUCUGGGCACUGACAUUCUUGCACCAGAAGAUCCAUAUCGAGACCCAACAAAGUGACAUUGAGCGUUGUGCGACGAAAAAUGUUAUUUACUAGAUUACCGCAUCUGACACGACUGUACGGCUGGAUCAGCUAAGAACACGAACUUACAACUCCGAUAUUGUUCCUGUUGGUGUGAUACUGGGCAAACUCGUAUCUAGAAGAACGUAGACUGAAGUCCUGUCACUGCUUAAAAUCGGGAGAGAUGCUCGUAAUAAAAAUUAUAGAAGUCGCAAUGACGAUAGAAUUUAAGUGAUAAAUAUAGGGUCAAAAUGUAACUAGUGCAUACGUGGUGAAAUAAUGCGAAGCCAUGGUUCGCUAUAGUUGAAUGUGAUAAACUUUUCCUCUAACAUAAUGAUUCAAUAUUUUUAUUAUUACAUAAAUUAGUUGAGAACGAUUUAUAAUUAUUACGGGCUUUAGUGAGGAUUAAUUCCAAUUAAAGCAAAAGUAUAUUUCGCUUGCCUAUUUACAAUAUUGUACAGAUAUAUUAUUUUUUUGUAAAAUAUAUCAUUUUGUAAAUCUUACUAUUGGUUGGUAGUGAAGUUGUGGUUCGAGUGCCAAAAUAUAUAAAGAUCUUCAUAUAAGUAGAUGUAAGGUUGAUCUCAACUCUGUACAUAUGUUAUUGAUAAGACCAUAAUGGUCAUAGCCAUAUUAAAAUUAGAUUCAUCGUUUACAAGCGUACCUACCUAUUACGUAUUUCACUUACAAUAUUACUUUGCCUUAAAUUCUGAAUCGUUUUAUUUAGUUUUGAAUGUUGCAAUAUUAUUAAAGAUAACAAUGCUUUGCAAUUUUUAUAUAAAUUCAAAAAAGAUUGUGAGAUUUUCUUAAUAUAAGAUUUACCUAUACCAUCUUGUGUAUCCUAGAAGUGCUUCCAUUUGCAGAUUUUAUAUGAAGUUUUAAGU